AUGUCGAAACGUUGGUGUGCAUCUUUCCCCAUUGGGUUCAGAUUCGAUCCCGACGACGAAGUGUUGGUGUCUUUUUAUCUAUGGCGGAAAGUACAUGAGGGGCUGGAUCUACCGAAUGGUCCCAUCGUUGAAGCCGACGUCUACGCUCAUGAACCAUGGUUUCUUCAGUACCAUGGUAAUGAUCCUGCGUACUUGGCCGUUAACAAUGACCGAUAUUUUUUUGUGAAGAGAGAGCCAGUAUCUAGAAACGGUAAUGGGAAGAGAAUCAAAAGGGAUCUGGAAGGGGAUUCUGAUGGAGGUUGGUGGAAGGCCAACACCGGAGACAUGGAAAUUAAAGACUCGGAGGGCCAUCUCGUGGGUUACAUGAAGUCGCUCACCUUCUUUAAAUACAAAAACAAAGAACGAAUCCGGAAAGAAGCAACCAAAACCGACUGGAUUAUGCACGAAUACAGGCUAGCUUCCGAUUCUCAACAUGGUCCGAGGACUGACCCAUCAACAUCGGAACAAGCAUUUUUGGAUACGAGGAUCACAGAUAUUAAUCCGUCGUCGGAUCAAUUACAAGCAUCAUCGGGUACGGGCCGGAGUGGUACUUUUGAUCCAUCAUGGGAACCAGUUUCUCGGCCAGAAGCACGCAAUGACGAUGAAAUCGAUGCCAUUCUUAAUCUCCCCCCAGAUAAAUUUCAAGCAUUCUUGGAGAGUGUUUUAGCGCUAAUUUGA